GCGCUGCUCUCUCCCUCCGGCUGCGGUCGCUGCGGACCUCAGCCAGCCAGUGUGGUUGAGGAGCACGGCCGGCUGGACUGGGUCUAUGGUGGCUCCGUGGGCCGCUCUGCUGGCUGGUGCUUUUGUAUCGGGGCAGGCAGUAUUCCAUGGCAGGGAACUUCUGGCAGAGUUCCCACUAUUUGCAGUGGAUUUUGGAUAAACAAGAUCUGUUGAAAGAGCGCCAGAAGGACUUAAAGUUUCUCUCAGAAGAAGAGUAUUGGAAGUUACAAAUAUUUUUUACAAAUGUUAUCCAAGCAUUAGGUGAACAUCUUAAAUUAAGACAACAGGUUAUUGCUACUGCUACAGUCUAUUUCAAGAGGUUCUAUGCCAGGUAUUCUCUGAAAAGUAUCGAUCCUGUGUUAAUGGCUCCUACAUGUGUGUUUCUGGCAUCCAAAGUAGAGGAAUUUGGUGUGGUCUCAAAUACAAGAUUGAUCGCUGCUACUACUUCUGUGUUAAAAACUAGAUUUUCAUAUGCCUUUCCAAAGGAAUUUCCUUACAGGAUGAAUCAUAUACUAGAAUGUGAAUUCUACCUUUUAGAAUUAAUGGAUUGUUGCUUGAUAGUGUAUCAUCCUUAUAGACCUCUGCUCCAGUAUGUGCAGGACAUGGGCCAAGAAGACGUGUUGCUUCCCCUGGCAUGGAGAAUAGUGAAUGAUACCUACAGGACGGAUCUUUGUCUGCUGUAUCCUCCUUUCAUGAUAGCUUUAGCUUGCCUACAUGUAGCCUGUGUUGUACAACAGAAAGAUGCUAGGCAAUGGUUUGCAGAACUUUCUGUGGAUAUGGAGAAGAUUUUGGAAAUAAUCAGGGUUAUUUUAAAACUAUAUGAGCAGUGGAAGAAUUUUGAUGAGAGAAAAGAGAUGGCAACAAUUCUUAGUAAGAUGCCGAAGCCAAAACCACCUCCAAACAGAAGCUCCCUGAGUGAUUCUCCACUAAUGGCAGGGCCUGAAGCUGCAAGAUGAUGAUGGACAAGAUAAGGCAAUCUUCUAUUGUCACAGUUACUGUGAAGGAGAACAGGGUCCAAAUGGAAGUCAGAACUCUAGCUACAGCCAAUCUUAAAACACCCUGAAGAAUCCUGUAGUGGACCACUUGGAAGUAAAGCAUUGGACAGUUUGAGUAAAGUCUUCAUUGGAAAUCAGAUGCAAAUGAAUAGCUUGUUUUGUCAAGCAUAUUGGGAAUUGACUUAAUUUUUACAAAAUAAGUUUACCUUACUUAAUUUGAUUCUAGUGUGUAAUAUAUUAAAUUUUUGGUUUUUGGAGACAGGGUUUCUCUGUAUUGUUUUGGAGGCUGUCCUGGGACUCGCUCUGUAGACCAGACUGGCCUCGAACUCACAGAGAUCCACCUGUCUCUGCCUCCCAAGUGCUGGAUUUAAAGGUGUGCACCACCAGUGCCCAGCAAUUAUUAAAUCUUAAUUAUAGAGUUUAGUAAAACUCUGAGGGGAUCUAUUGUAGACAUAAGCAGACAUUUCAGAGUUAACUUCUCUCACACAGAAACCGAUAUAGACACACUAAUAUUUGAUUAUGAUAAUUGAAGUUUUUUAUUAAUAGCCUUUUGGUUUUUUUUUUUUUGUUUUUUUUCAAGACAGGGUUUCUCUGUGUAGCUUUGGAGCCUCUCCUGGAACUUGCUCUGUAGACCAGGCUGGCCUAGAACUCACAGAGAUCUGCCUACCUCUAGUAGCUUUUAAAAAAUUGAGGCAGAAAACCUGAAAUGUCAUUUGUUUAAAAUCCUCUUUGGAAAUCAAGGGACCAAAUAAAAAGAAAGAGCCCCCCACUCCCCAAUUUAAGUUUAAAACUUUAUUUAAGAAAUAAAAUCUUAGGAAAACCUAGAAUAUUUUGGGAAUGAUAUUUACAAUUUGAGGGAAAUUAAUCUAGAACUUACUGUUUUCUUAAAUUAUUUUAUUCAGUACUUUUUGUGUCAUCACAGAAGAUACUAGCCCAGCCUGUUAGAAAAGUGCAAUAUGUAUAGUAUACGUUUACAUUUUAAUGGUUAUAUUGACUUAUUAGCUGUUUUGAAAUGCUGGGAGACCUGAAAGAAAAAAUUAUUUGCAAUUUGGUUAAACAAUGAAAUUGAAAUUUAGUUAAGUUUUAAUGUUAAUCUUUAAUCUGUUCUGAAAAUUUUUAUGAGAUACAUACAUGCCAGUCUAAUUUUGUGUUGUAGUGAGAACCAACAGAUGUUCAGCAAGUGUUCUGAGUGAAGAACCUAGUCAGGUUUCAGGCCAGUGUGAUACUGACUAUUGUUCAUUUUCCUGAGUGUAGACUUCAGAACAGGUGCUACAUUUAUGGAACUGGUAUCUCUGAAACUUCAUAAAUUCCUCAUUUUCUUCAGACUUGAAGGAAUAGUGACAUAGAAACUUGGAGUAAUAGGAUAUUAAUGUGUAGUUUUGCACUUUUAAAAGAUAAGUCAUGAAAAAAUUACUAAGCAUUGACUUCCUAAUUAAAAUUUGAAGAAUAAAGAAUAAGUUCUUCAGCUAUAUUUCCUAGUGUCUUAAGUUCAUUUUGUUAAGUUUGACUUAGGUUUUCUGAGCCUUUCUGCAUGUUAAAUAAAGCCCCUAUGCUUUGUAAAGAGGUGAUUUUAUGUGGUUUAUGAAUAAUUGCAAGAAAUGUCUUGAUUCCUUAUGGAGAGUAUCAGAUGAGCUGAGAAGGAAAUGAUGCAUUGGUAUAAUAUGGGACCUCCUAAGGGUGUAGAAGGAUAAGAAGCAAGAAAACAAGCUCUCUCCAGAUCUUAAGGAGUUAAUCUGAGCUUAGCUUGGAUGCUCUGUGAUUGCUCAUCACAGUCUAAUCUCUGUCCUUCAUAGUUUUCCUUGCAGUCUCUCAUUGUAAAAAAUUUUAAAUUUAUGAGAGCAGACAAAGCAGUGUAAUAAACCUCAUGUGUAUCUGAUCUAGUCUUAGCAAUUACUGAUUUGUAGCCAGUUUCAUCUUAUUUCAGUUUCCACACCAGUCUCUAGUUUGCAUAUUGUUUUGAAGAAAAUCCAGAUAUAUUAUUUCAUCAGUAUUUACUCCUGAGAGGUAAUGGCUCCUUAAAACAGGUAUUUUAUAGUUUUAAUAUACUUUUGUAUACUUUACUUACAAAUUAAUGAAAAUAAUUAUCUGAUCAUAUAUUAAAAGUUUCAGUUUCCUGGAAGUUGCAGAACAUUCUAUGUAUUCAUUUAUAAAUCCUUUUAGUUUUAUAUUCAUGGAUUCUUCCUCCAUGUUAUUAACAAAAAAUUCCCUGUUUUCAUUUGUUCAUCUUUUAAGUUUCCCAUAGCCUAAAUUUUACUGUGUUUUAGCAUGCCAUUUAAUGUAGGGUUUUUUUGUUUCUUUGUUUCCUUCCUAUGUCUGUAAAUUGGUAAUUGAAUAUGAAGGCUGAUCACAUUGAGAUUCUCUUUGUUUUGGCUAGACUACUGUAUAAGGUUGCAGUCUCUUCCAUUAGUAAAUAGUGGCCGUUGCUGUAUUGUCACCCACUUAAUGACAAGUAUUGUUUUUCAGAAUCAAUUACUGUCUUAGGCACACUGUCCAGUAUCAUAGCCACUAGCCACUUAAGGUUGAACAGUUACCAUGUGGCUUGUCUGAAUGCAGAUAUGCUAUAAAUGUGCAAACAUGUUGGAUUUCAGGUACUUAUUACAAAAGAAUGUUAAAAUCUUAAUUUGUUUAUAACCAGUAUGUUUUAAAUGAUAAUAUUUUGAAUACAUAGAAUUAAAUAAAACAUUAUUAAAAUUAA